AUGGAAUCUUCAAAUAUAUCAAAAUGUGCGACUGAAGAUCAAAUGAUUCUUCAAACAUCUCUUCUUCUGCGAGUCAAUGUUAUUCUGAUGACUAUCAUAGCAAUACUCACUUUUAUUCUUACUUUCAAAGCAUUAUAUAUUCUGAAACAACCCUCCGUUGUUCAUAAAUCAACUAAAAUUUUACUAUACAAUAGUUUAUUUUUUGUCAAUAUUCACGAAGUGAUAUUCAUGACAAUUCAGUGCGCUGCAUUCAUAAGAAGUUUCACUUUGAGUGAUAAACCAUGUGAAAUAAUGAGAACAACUCUGGAAUGUCGAUUCAAGAAUCAUGUUCUGAUAUUUGCAAUCGCAGGAAUGAACUUUAAUCAAUUUGGAUUGACACUUGAUAGAUUUUUGGGGACAAUAAUACCCACAACAUAUUCAAAUCAAGGAUAUCUACCAGGAGUUUUAAUUUCUAUUCUUGUGAUUGUGUGCAGUGUCGGUGCACCAUUAAUAAUUGCAAUUGGUGACCCAUACAAUGAUAUAGUUCCCAAUUGUUUCUUCUUCCCAGAACAUUCUGCUCCGAGGGCAAAUGUCUUUCUGAUUGUUCUCAGUGUUCUCGUUAUAACCAGUAUUCUCAUCAAUCUCGUCAUCAUUUUUGUGAACAAGAAGUUAGAAGAAGGAACUCGUUACUAUGUUUCACAGAGAUAUAUAAAACGAGAAGCCCUGCAUUCGACAAGAAUCAUUUCAUAUAUAGCUGUCCCUCAAUUCUUGGGUUUGGCACUUUACUCAACGAUAGUUUUAACAUUAAGACUGCAUAAAACAAUGAUUCCAGUCUCGAUGUAUCAUAAUAUUGUAUGGUGGGCAUAUACUGUCCCAUUAGCAGCAGUGUCAUUUCCAGCACUACUAAUUUAUCGUGUCAAUCAAGUUGGUUCAAAUCGAAAACGAGUUAUAAAUCGGAUAACUGCGAAAGUGGAAACUCAAGAAGAACAUAUGAAAUCAUUGAAAGAUUUGUGGGGUUAA